AUGAGUCAAGUUGAAAAACCAUUAAAAUUUUUAUUUAUUAAUUUUGAAUUACCACAAUCUAAAAGAGUACAAUUUGAAAAGAUUAUACGUACACAAACACCACAAUCAUCUACACAUUUAUCACAAACAUCAUUAUCAAGAAAUGAAUUAAUAAUUAUAAUUGAAAAGAGUUCUUUUCAAUCAGUAAUAACAGCAUGUGAAAAAUAUAUACCAGAUUUAUAUGGUUUAAUGAUUUCUGUUGAAGAUAAUAAUUCAUUAAGAUUAAAUGAACAAUUAUCAUUUUCAUGGUCAAGUAUAACAGGUAAUAAAAGUAGUUUUUAUAGUGGAUUUUCAUUAAGAUUCGAAUUGAUAAUGAGUUUGGUUGUUUAUGCAUUAGCACAUUAUAAUAGAGCAUCAGAGAUUAAUGAUUGUUCAAAUGAGAGUAGUUUCGAUGAAAAUGCAAAAUUAAUGGUUAAUCAUUUAAAGAUAGCUGCGGGUAUAUUCAAUUUCAUUACAAGUGUUGAAUUACCACGUUGGAUGAAUUUACCCGAAGAUCGUCCAACCGAAUGUCGUCAAGGUUUCUCAUUGGCAAUGUAUGAACUUUGUUUAUCGACUGCAUUAUCAAUCACUGCUAGAAAAGCGGUUAAACAAUCGACUUCACCAUCAAUAAUUUCAAAAUUACAUUGUGAAGCUUGGCAAAAAGCUGAAAUGACUAAACAAUUCUUAAAGGAUUUAGAAAAUUCUCUAUAUAAAAAAUUACCAAAAUCUUUAAAACAAAUAGUUUCCAAUAUUAUCAUUAUAGAAUAUUCAAAAACUCUUAUGUUUAUGGCUUUAAAUUCAAAAGCUCAAGGUAAAAUUUCUGAUGCUUUAGGUUAUUUUUAUCAAGUUAAUUUUUCAAAAAUUAAAAAACCUUCAAAUACAAAAAUUUCAACAAUUUUAAAUUCAAUUGUAAAUGAUGUAACAAUAGAACAACAAGCAUUAUCAAGAGAAAAUGAAGUAAUUUAUUUUGAAAAAAGAACAGAUAUAAAUUCUUUACCUGAAAAACCUUCUCCAAUGCCAAAAUCAAUUGUUAAUAUGGUUACUUUUUCACCACCAUUACCUUCUUUUAUGUCAAUUAAUUAA